AACUCCUCAAGACUGGCUUUCAGCAAUAAUGUCAAGUGUGCCGCAAGUGCCACUACAUCUCUUAUGAGGAUGGUUCAAACCCGGACAAACUCGACUGCAUCGUCUGGCUUGCCAGGCACUUCCCGUAGUGCAGUCGAUUCAAUCUCUCAACCGUUAACACCAAACACAUCCGAGCCCCAUUCAACCUGGAAUUUUCUCAGGACACAGCCCAUUAGCAAAACUUCCAAGACUCAAAGCAGUCAGGAGAUGUGGAAAGCCACUGAAACGUCUCAUAUACAUAGCCGUCCGCCGGGACCCUAUGCAGGUCGAAGUGUGGCCGUAUCUGGUGGUAAACCAUUUGGUAGCGCUUAUGUCGAGCUUCAGCAAAUACUGCGCCGGAACUUAGUGAGCUACGAAUUGAGGUUGGCGGAAAGACACGAGAAGAAAGGAUACAAGCGCCGUCGACUGGCGAGUGAUCGUCACAGGCGAAGAUUCGCCCACGAGGUGAGGAAGAAGGUGCAGCUUGUCAAUGAAAUCCGCGCUCGGGGAGCAUGACUUUACCUAUAAUCAAUUCUUUUGGUGCACUCCUUCACAAUUUAUACCUCGCAUGAAAGGUACCAUACCUUGGCAUGACUUUGCGAUGAAUGUUCGUGAACUAAACAGGUGAGAAGCAAAUAAAAAAGCCUGCAUCUAACU